UUGUAAUUAAACAAACCCAGUUGAAAGAUGUCUGAUACUCCUGCUGUUGAACAGCCUGUUGCCAAAGCAUUCCCGGAUGCCACCUUCAAGUUCCCAUCGCCAUUCGUCAAUUUGACUAAUGCCAGUGCUUAUCCAGCAUAUGAACCAGUUGAUACUAAAAAGAAUACUUUAAGAGUUUUCAGAUUAACUUUUUAUACUACUGUUGGUGCUUAUGCAUGGUUAUACUUAUGGAAAAGAACCACUUUUAAAGUCGGUAUACCAUUAAGUUUUGUUGGAUUUGCUACAGUUGCAACUUUUGCUAAAGGAUCAAUUGUUAAUUUGAGAGAAAAGAACGAUGCUUGGAAUACCUUUUUCGCUGUUGGAGCAGGUAAUUUAGCUUGUUUAACUGUUGGUUUCAAACAAAUGCCAGCUAAACAUAAGGUCUUGACUGGUUUAACCGGGGCUGCUCUUACUGCAUUUGCUGAUCAUUGUCUUUGGUCUCAAUCUCCAAGUUAUGCUGGUAGAGAUACUAAACACGUUAUGGCUAAUACUGAAGAAGAUUUACAUAAACAACAAUUCUGGGAUGUUUGGAGAAGAAGACCUUUAUCUCAAACUGUUGAAGAAUUAGGUGAAGGUCGUGGUAUUUUCAGACCAUAAGUAAUCAUCCCCCUUGUGCAUUAGAAUUAUCUUUCAUACUUUUUUAUUUAUUGAAAUGUUUUAUUUUCCUUUCUUUCUUACCAUAUAUUUAUAUAUUCUUUAAUUUAUAAAUUAAC